GAUUGUAACACACGCAACGGCGAACUCCUUUUAAGGAGUUUUAAAAGAACCGAACAGUGGUUCCCGCAGUGUGUAUAGAACAGCGCGUCGAGAGAUAUUUCGAUUCCGGUCUCAGGAUAUUUACUAGUAAGCGUAAUCAAGUUUAUUUUCCAACAAAUUCCGCGUUCCUUCUACUUCACUUCGAAAGUAAGAGACUCUGAUUAUAAUUCCAUGACGUCACAGCUAUACCGACUAUCCAAUGUCAAUUUUGAAAAGCUAGACUGGCUGUCAACGUGUCGAUUCGCUCAAGAGAGCGUUCCUUCAAAUCUCUUCGUCAUGGAAAUAUACGAAGCAAAAUACGAUUAUAAUGACGAUACUGAAACUCUACUCAGCUUGAAAAGAGGCGAUAAGUUUUACAUCGUGGAUAAAACUAGCGCCAAUUGGUGGGCAGCGAGAAGGCUUGAGGACAAUGAAUUGGGAUACGUUCCUUCGUCAUAUGUACAAUUUUUAGCGAUUGUUGAUCCUGAGACGCUAGAAUAUAUGGAAUCAGCGGAAAAUAAAAAGAUGGAUGGACUCUGUGAACUUACAGCCAAAACUCAAUUCUGGCCUGGAUUAGGACGUAAUCAUCCAAGUUAUCCCCCCGAAGACUACAUCACAAAUGCCAGUCCUACACAGCAGAAAAAAUUAAGCAAACCAGAAGCCAGAACAAAAGAACAAACUAAACUUCAGAAAGACUUGAAAUUCAGUCAACAAAGAGGCAUUCAGUUAGGAAGGCCAGAGCUUGUCAAAACAUGGGAAAAGUUUGAAAAUAAAAAGACYGCAAAAGAAAAAGAAAAUUCAAGUGAAACAGAACUAGCAACAAAACUAAAAACAAUAUCRAAAAAACUGGAGGACGAAGAAAAUGCCAAAAAAAUUGAAGAAAUGAAACCUGAAUUUAUGAAAGUGAGUUUGAAGAAAGCAAAACCWCAAGUGGCAAGCUGAGUUCUGUCAAUUCCACUUUUUAUACACAUCAGUGAUCUAUAUUAUAGUUGUCAUGCCCUUCUCGAUGGACGACUUUUGCUGCUGCAUGCCCCAGCAGUUAUAUUCAUAAAGGGCAGUACAUAAGACAAAGUAUGAUUAUCUCAACUCUAUUAUAUUCAUAAAGCCCUUCUACAGAUGUGUUGUACAAUAAUUGAUUGUAUAACAAACUUUAAAUCCCUUAAAGAUGAGAGUGCAGGCAUUUAACUAUGAAACAACUGACUCCUUACUAUGUAUAGUACUUUCAGCAUGGACACUAUGUAGUUAUUUAACUAAGAAUCUAUUCAAUUGGGCAUUGAAACAACACAAAUUCUACAUCAGUGAACAUCUACUAAGUACAUUAAUGGAGUGAGGACAAGCUAACUGAUUUGAUGAGUAUCCAAUCAUAUURCAGCUAUUAAUUCAAGAUUGUAAUGACCAUGAAAACAGUGUUAUGUGAUUGGUUAAUAACUUUUCCAUCAUUGUCUGUUUUUAUUGCUUUCUGAUUGGAUAAUUUUUGUUUAUUUCUGAGCAAUUGUCGUUAGUAUGUUCAUUUUUUCAUGGGUAUAUGUUGUGCUCUCAACUAUUACCAUAUUUUAUUUCUAUGAUUCAUUACACAAGUCACAUCUUGUUAGGAUGUAAUUUAUUAUUUUACAAUUUUACUAGAGAGCUUAUGGAAUUAUUUGUAUCUUAAUUGUCUURUUUCACCUUCAAGUAUUUUGUGCUUGCAUGAUCACCCAACCAUAAAUUUAGUGGACUGUUAUCCCUGAGAAUCCUUGCAAAUAUAAGAUAUGUUAUCAAACCCCAUUAUCACUAAGAUGUAUUUUCUAUUUCUUGAUAAAGAUGUUUUUUUAAAAGUAUUAUAUAACCAAUUCACAAAGGAUCAAAUUAUUCAUUAAGCCAACCGAGGAAAAAUAUAAUUUAUUGGAAUAUUAAUACAUAUAUUGUUUUAUAUUAUUAAUCUUUGUGUUUUUGUAUGUUUUAUCAUAAAAAGUAAGGUUUUUAAACUCUUAGAUAGUCUCUUAAGUGUAUAGUAUUGCAUUUACUAGAUUGAUUUUUAUUUGACCAUGAAAGGUUUGUGAUACUGAAUAGUUAGUUGAACACUCUGAACUUAUUGUUUUCUUUAAUGUUCUUAAUCAACAAAUACUCAACAAAUAAGUCAUUUUCGUUUUAUGGUCAAAUGAAAAUGUAUCUAUUUUAGCAUAUGACUGAGUGUAUAUAUAAUAUMAUAUCCUGGGGCCAGUUGUACUGUUAUCCAGUCAGAUCAGAUCAGUUAUCCAGUGUGGGUUUUAUCUGCUGGAUAAKGAUUUAUCCGGUGGCUAGYAUUAUAUUAUACACCAUUUGUACAACUGGCACUAGAUUGAGAACAARUCUGCAUGGAAUGUUUGACUGAAACUUUGCACUAGUCAACAUGUUCAAUUACAAUUAAAUAUUGUGUACAUCAUUUAGAUUUUAGAACUGAUUUUGAAUGUUAUUAUUUUCAAUGGUAUUAUGGAAAUACCAAUCACAGCUUUGUAUAAAUUAGUGUCAUUUAGGUCUGUGUAUGCUAUAGCAAACCAUUCAAGAUUUUAUGAAACAAAUUGUCUUAGAGUUAAAAUUAUCUUAAGGCAGUCAGUAUAACAUAAGAUAAUUGACUGACAAAUAAAAUAUAAUUUAUUGUUUGUUUAUAA